GACAGGCCAGCAGUGGCUGCAGGAUUCAAUAGUAAAUUGGUAUCUUUUAAUGGUUAUUUUCUCCGGGCGACUGAAAUGGCAGCGAGCACAGACGCCCCGGAUCCCUGGUACCUGGCCCUGCUGGGCUUUGCAGAACAUUUCCGCACCUCCAGUCCGCCGAAGAUCCGCCUGUGCGUCCACUGUCUGCAGGCAGUGAUUCAGUUCAAGCCGCCUCCGAGGGUUGAGGCCCGGACUCACCUCCAGUUGGGCUCGGUGCUGUACCGCCACACAAAGAACAGCGAGCUGGCCCAGACUCACCUGGAGAAGGCGUGGUUCAUAUCUCAACAAAUCUCUCAAUUUGAAGACGUCAAGUUUGAAGCAGCAAGUAUCCUGUCAGAGUUUUAUUGUCAACAGAACUUGGUGGACUCAGCAAAGCCAGUGCUGCGUGAGGCCAUCCAGAUCUCUCAGCAGACUCCCUACUGGCACUGCAGACUGCUUUUUCAACUGGCACAACUACAUGCACUGGAGAAGGACUUGGUAUCCGCCUGUGACCUGCUGGGAGUCGGAGCAGAGUACGCAAGAGUCAUGGGCUCAGAGUACACUAGAGCUCUAUUCUUAUUAAGUAAAGGAAUGCUGUUGCUGAUGGAGAGGAAGCUGAGUGAAGUGCACCCUCUGCUGACACUGUGCGGGACUAUUGUAGAGAACUGGCAGGGAAACCCCAUUCAGAAGGAGUCCCUCAGAGUUUUCUUCUUGGUGCUGCAGGUUACACACUACCUGGAUGCUGGACAGGUAAAGAGCGUGAAGCCAUGUCUGAAGCAGCUUCAGCAGUGUAUCCAGACCAUCUCCACUCUCCAUGACGAUGAGAUCCUUCCCACUAAUCCAGCCGCUUUCUUCCACUGGCUGCCAAAGGAGCAUAUGUGUGUACUUGUGUACCUGGUGACGGUGAUGCACUCGAUGCAGGCGGGCUAUUUGGAGAAGGCGCAGAAGUACACGGACAAAGCUCUCAUGCAGCUAGAGAAGCUGAAGAUGUUGGACAACAGUCCCAUCCUGUCUACGUUCCAAGUCAUCAUACUGGAGCACAUCAUCAUAUGUCGGCUGGUCACUGGACACAAAGCUGCAGCAUUACAAGAGAUUUCUCAGGUUUGUCAGCUUUGCCAGCAGUCUCCCAGGCUGUUUACAAAUCAUGCUGCUCAGCUUCACACAUUACUGGGACUCUACUGUAUCUCUGUGAACUGUAUGGAUAAUGCAGAGGCUCAGUUCACUGCUGCUCUACAGAUGACAACACACCAGGAGCUGUGGACGUUCAUUGUGACCAACCUGGCCAGCGUCUACAUCCGGGAAGGCAACAGACAUCAAGAGCUGUACAGCCUUCUAGAGAGGAUUAACCCUGAUCAUAACUUUCCUGUCAGCUCUCAUUGUCUACGAGCUGCAGCUUUUUACAUCAGGGGACUCCUGUCUUUUUUCCAGGGACGUUACAAUGAGGCCAAAAGAUUUUUAAGGGAGACUCUAAAAAUGUCCAAUGCUGAGGAUCUAAACAGGCUGACUGCCUGCUCACUAGUCCUACUGGGUCAUAUCUUCUUCGUUCUGGGGAAUCACAGGGAAAGUAACAAUAUGGUGGUUCCUGCCAUGCAGCUAGCCAGCAAAAUCCCAGACACGUCUGUGCAGCUCUGGUCCUCUGCUCUUCUCAAAGAUCUCAACGAGGCUUGUGGAAACACCAUGGAAGCCCACGAGGCAACUCAGAUGCAUCAGAACUUGUCCCAGCAGCUCCUGCAGGACCACAUCGCAGCCUGCAGCCUCCCCGAGCACAAUCUCAUCAGUUGGACAGACGGCCUCCCCCCCGUGCAGUUUCAGCCUCAGAACGGACCUACAACCAGCCUGGCCAGCCUGCUCUGAGGGCAAGUCCUCAGCCUGACAGGGGAGAGGAGAGGAGAGGACAGGAGCAAUGGCUGCAAAAUGGCAUAAAAAGACUAGAAAAAAAGAGCAGAAAUAGUUGAUGAAAGGGUAAGAGGAAGGAGGGCAGAUAAUGAAAUGAUAAACUGCACUGUGUCAUUCUUUCACUUAUUUGGGGAUCACGACUGGCUCUGAAGUUUUUUAGAAAGCAUCAAGUGCCACAUUUGUAUUACACUGACAGGUUAGAGUAGUUAUAAUAGUUUGUCUUACCUGCUCGGGAAAAAUUGAAAAGUUAAAUUCAA